GAAAAUUAUUUAAAUCAUUUUUUUUACUUAUGACAUUCUGUCAUGAUGAAUUAUGUGUUGAACUAUAAAAAAAAAUGUUGGAAAUUUAUUGUUUGCUCAUUUUUUGUUUUAUUUUUCAAAGAUCAGAUGCUGAAUGUUCCCAACAAGCAGUCGAUGUAUUUCGUUUUGGUCCUAAAUGCGGUUUUAUGUGCCACUGCAGAAACAAUGAACAAUGUGACGAUACUACUGGGGAAUGUACUUCCGGUUGUGCAAGCUUUUGGUAUGGACCAGGAUGCCAGUAUAGAGAUAUAGUUGAGGGAGAAUUUUCGAGGCAUUCUGAUAAUCUACCACCUCAGCAAGAAAAGUAUUCAAUACUUGCACAUGAUAAUGACUCGACAACUUGUAGUUAUACAGCUGAUGUUGGGAGCACUAACAAAAAGAGAGUCAAACCAUUUUGGAGGGUCUGGUUACCUACAAAUGAAACAAUUAGCGAAAUCCAGAUGGUCACACUGCCUGACAAACUGCACAACUUCGUACGCUUUAGCAUUUAUGUAGAGUAUGUUCCAUCAGAUUAUAAGCUUAACUCUUCUUAUGUGUCACCAUACCGUCAGAAAUGCUACCAACAGAACAGUCUUGCUCCUGAGAACGAGACAUUUACAGUAUUAUGUAGCAGCCCUGUUGUUGGAAACCAAGUACGGAUUGAGCUGGCAAAAGUUUCGACACAACUGGUCCUUUGUGAUGUAAAAAUCAAUGGAGGUAGAAAUGUAGCUUUUGGACGCCAUACCUUACAAAGUUCAAAGCCAAGUGCCUGCAGCGAACCAGGUGGUUGCAUAUCAAACAAUUCUGUAGACGGAAUCGACAGCAGUGUUUGGAAACAAUGCAGCUUUACAGAUUACGAAACUGAUCCUUGGUGGACAGUUGAUCUUGGCCAUAAAGCGAGCAUUCGGUAUAUUCGAAUAAUGCGUCUAGAAAAAGCUAAGGCUGCAUCUUAUAAAGUUGAGUUAUCAAACACUACAAAUUCAGAUCAGAAAAUCAUUUAUGAUGUACAGUUAGGAACGUCAACAAACAUUUCAUUAAUCACCGAUGCCAAAAUUAUCAAUCUAACAAUGAAAGGAAUGCGGCGUGUAGAAGUUUGUGAAGUUAACGUAUUCGGAGACUGUCUGGAAGACAUAUGUGGAUAUGACUGCACAGAAGAAUGUCAUUGCAAAGAUGCAAAUAUCCGGGAUAAGAUAACUGGAUAUUGCUCAUCUGGUUGCAAAGGCAGGUGGACAGGUCCCAAAUGUGAUAAGCUUUGUGAACGUACACAUUGGGGAUUGACUUGUGAAAAUGAUUGCGGAUACUGCGCUAAUUCUGAGUCGUGUGAUGUUAUCACAGGAUUCUGUCUGUCCGGAUGUCGGGACGGUUACGCUCAACCAAACUGUAGUACAAGAACUGGCUGCGGAAGUGGUCAGUACGGCACAAACUGUUCGAGAAAAUGUAGUGAAAAUUGUGAAAAUGAAUGCGACCAUAUAAACGGACAUUGUCGGUGUAAGGCAGGAUGGAUGGGACAAACGUGUGAGCAAGCUUGUGCCAGUGGAUAUUUUGGGGACAGAUGCUCAAGAAGAUGUAAUAAAUGGUGUAUAAGUGGCAAAUGUCAUCAUGUGGAUGGACGAUGCACUAAUGGCUGCUUGGACGGAUGGAUAGGAAGGAAGUGUGAUAAACGCUGCGGAAGUGGUCAGUACGGCAAAAACUGUUCGAGCAAAUGUAGUAUUAAUUGCAAAAAUGAAUGCGACCAUAAAAAUGGACAUUGUCGAUGUAAGGCCGGAUGGAUGGGACAAACGUGUGGGCAAGGGUGUGACUUGGGUUCGUAUGGUAUGAAUUGUACGAGAAGGUGUAGCACUUGUAAAGGUGGUAAAUGCAGCAACGUGGAUGGAAGAUGUUUGUCCAGAUGUAAUGCAGGGUGGAAGGGACAAAAGUGCGAUCAAGAAUGUAAUGAUGGUACAUUUGGAUAUUACUGUUCAAUGAGCUGCAGCAGAAACUGUAAAAAUGAUGAUCCAUGUGAAAAGGUUUAUGGCGCUUGUCCAAAUGGUUGCAAACUUGGUUUCAGAGAGGACAGUUGCAGCCACACUUGUGCCAGAGGACAGUAUGGAGAAAACUGUAAACAUAAAUGCAGUCAGUAUUGUUUAGGCGGUACUUGCAGUCAUAUAGAUGGAAGAUGUUUAAAUAGUUGCGUUGCAGGAUGGACGGGACUGAAGUGUGAAGAACGCUGUCAGAAUGGUAUGUACGGUAAAAACUGUUCGGGAAAAUGUGAACAUUGUAAAGAUGGAAACUAUAAGUGCAAUCACAUAAACGGACGUUGUCGAUUUGGAUGUAAGGCAGGAUGGAAGGGCUACACUUGCGAUCAAGUUUGUACCAGUGGAAAUUAUGGAGAAAACUGUAGAAGAAAAUGUAGUCAACAUUGUGUAGGUGGUAAUUGUGGACGUGAAUAUGGACGAUGUACCAGUGGCUGCCGUGACGGUUGGACAGGAAUGAAAUGUGAUCAACGCUGCCAAUAUGGCAUGUACGGUAAAAAUUGUUCCAGACAAUGUAGUGAUUAUUGUAAAAAUGGAAAGCGCUGGUGUAGUCACGUAAACGGACGUUGUCAGUAUGGGUGUAAGGCAGGAUGGAAGGGAGACACUUGUGAUCAAGAAUGUGAAGACGGUACAUUUGGCAUUAACUGCUUAACAAACUGCAGCGGAAAUUGCAAGAACGAUGAAGUAUGUGUGAAGGUUAAUGGGUCUUGUCGAAAUGGCUGUAAACCAGGAUACGAAGGGAAACUAUGUGCUCUUGGCUGCAGGCUAGGUUUUUAUGGCAUAAACUGUUCAAGUAAAUGUAGUGAAAAGUGUAACGGUGGAUACGCUGCUUGCAGUAAGGUGAAUGGAAGCUGCUUAUCCGGUUGUCACGACGGAUGGAAUGGACACAGAUGCGAUCGAAAAUGUGAUAACGGAUGGUUUGGUCAAGGAUGUUUGAACAAGUGCUCGUUGAAUUGUAAAGACGGUGAUAUGUGUGAUGAAGCAGAUGGUCAAUGCCCGAAUGGCUGCAAACCUGGUUAUACAGGAAAAAUGUGCACACAAAAUUGCACAGUCGGUUUCUUUGGUGAUGAAUGCAGACAUAAUUGUAGCGGUUAUUGUGACGGGGGUUCUAAAAUGUGUAGUAACAUUGAUGGCCAUUGUAUGAGUGGGUGCAAAACAGGUUGGAAAGGAACAAAAUGUGAUACAGAAUGUAGUGACGGCUUUUAUGGUUUCAACUGUGCUAAGACAUGCGGUAAAUGCAAGUCAGGGACAGUUUGUCAUAAUGUCGACGGCACUUGUAACGAAGGUUGCGAAGCAGGCUACAGCGGUGAAACUUGUUUACAAGAUUGCAUUGUCGGUUUCUAUGGUGAAGAAUGCAGAAAUAAUUGUAGCAGCCAUUGCGAAGGGGGCUCUGAAAUGUGUAAUAAAAUUGAUGGUCAUUGUCUGAGUGGUUGCAAAGCAGGUUGGAAGGGAGUAAAAUGUGACACAGAAUGCAGUGAUGGUUUUUAUGGUAUCAACUGUUCUGCGACAUGUGGGAACUGUAAAUCGGGGACACUUUGUCAUAAAGUCGUGGGCACGUGCAGUGCAGGGUGUGAAUCUGGUUAUAGCGGUGAUCAUUGUUUACAAGGAUUGCAGAAGUCGGAUAAUAUUGUUGCGACGACGACAGUUGGAGUUGUGGCCCUCGUCAUAUUACUUAUCAUAGUUACUGUUAUUGCUGUUAUAUAUCGUAAACGAAAGGAGCAGAGACAGAGACAGGAACAGACCGAUACAAAUCUACAACUUACAAGUGCUGUAUCCCGGAGGAAUUGUGAUAAUGUGCAUUUGAACGCUGAGGCUGCUGGUAAUACAGAAGAAAACAGUUUUUCGACAAGUGAAGUAAAUGUUUCUAAUAAUGAUCCUAGUGUCAGCAAAACUAAGCAUACAGUUCCCUUAUCAAGCCUACUAGCAGAUGUGAAAAGAAAUCUGGCGAACUCUGGUUACUUUGAGAAAGAGUUUCAGAAACUACCCUACGGAAUGAAAUAUCCAGCUACGGUCGGUGUGAAUCCCUACAACAGAAAGAAGAAUAAAUACAAGGAUAUGCAGGCUUAUGACCACACGCGUGUAAUGUUGAAAACAUUGCCUAAAGAGCAAGGGUCGGACUACAUAAAUGCAAAUUUCAUCAAGGGUCAUGCUAAAGAGAAGGCUUACAUCGCAGCACAAGGUAAUAACAAAAUUAUAUAUUGUUUACUAUGUAUUAUCUAUCAUAUAAGCUUAGAUUUUGGGCUUCAACUAAAAUAUAAUACUUUGCAAAGAUUUUGA